AUGGCAUACGAUGAAUCUGCGGAAAGCAAAUCACCAACAUCCAAAGCCAAGGAUCGCGUAAACCAAAUCACAUCUCACGUCUCCGUCUCUUCUCCAUCAAAGACCAAGGAAGAAAACGAAGACACCUCGCAAAGAGCAAAUAGCUCCCGACGCCGGCGCAGGAAGUCGGCAGAGAAUGGCCCUCCAGCCGACUAUAGCGAUAUCCUUUCCCAGAUACACACGCUACAAUCCAUGGCCUCAACGCCUGACCCUUCACGCUCAGGCUACGCGCGCCAGAAGCAGACCGGGAAAUUGUGGGUACGGGAGAGGGUAGAACAGAUGUUUGAUCGCGGGAGUGUAAGAGAGAUUGGCAGUGUGAGUGGGACAGUCAGAUGGCGGCCAAAGCUGAAGCAAGAAGUGAGCGGCAACGAGGACACAACCGUGGGCGACAAACCGGCAGAAGAAGAACCGGAUUCAUUCGUACCCAGCAACAACGUGCAAGGCUUGGCUCUGGUGGGUGGUAGGAAAGUUUGUUUCACAGCGGACGAUUAUUCAUUACGGGCUGGUCAUGCCGAUGGAGCAUUGUGGGAGAAAACAAUGUAUUUGGAGAAGCUCUGCCUCCACCUCCGCCUUCCAAUAGUGAAGUUGGUAGAUGGGUCGUCAGGUGGUGGAUCUGUGACUAGCAUUAGGACCAUGGGCUAUUCCUAUGUCCCACCUCUUAAUUCCUUCGAUGUCGUUGUUGCCCAGCUCAAUGCAGGUAUCCCAAACCUAGGAGCCGUCCUUGGCCCGGCCAUUGGACUCGGAGCGGCCCGCGUGGUAUCCUGCCACUUCUCUGUGAUGGCUGGAGACAUCGGCUCCCUGUUCAAUGCUGGGCCCAAGGUCGUGGCAGGUGCGACAUUCGAAGAAGGUCUCAGUCUUCAAGACCUAGGUGGCCCUGAUAUGCAUGUCCGCAACGGAACAAUAGACAAUUAUGCAGCCAAUGAGCAGGACGCGUUUAGGCAGUUAAGAACAGUUCUGUCAUACCUCCCGAAUAGCGGAGCAUCUAUGCCGCCCGUCCUGAAGACGGAAGAUCCAAGCUCGAGGACGGAUGAGAUACUUAGAAGUGCAAUCCCGAGGCGAAAGGAGCGAAUGUACUGCCCACGAAAGAUAAUCAACACGAUCGUGGACAAGUCUUCGUUCUUCGAAAUAGGGCCUUUAUGGGGUUCCACAGCCAUUGUCGGACUAGCACGCCUCAGAGGUCAACCAGUAGGUGUUAUUGCGAACAACUGCGAGGUGAACGCGGGUGCGCUGGAUGCAGCAGGCUCACAGAAAAUCACCAAACACUUGAAAUUUUGCGAUAUCUUCAACUUGCCUGUCGUACAGUUUGUUGAUAUCCCAGGGUAUGCUAUUGGCACAACAGCCGAGAGGACGGCCACUAUGAGACACGGUGUUGCCCUUGUAGCUGCCUACUAUAGUACGACAAUGCCAAUCUUCAAUGUUAUUCUCCGCAAAGUCUACGGAGUGGCGGGUGCAGCGAUGAUGGAUUGCCGUGAUCCCAGGAUGAGGGUAGCGUGGCCGAGCGGCGAUUGGGGAUCCUUGCCUCUUGACGGUGGAAUAGAGGUGGGCCACAGUGCAGAUUUGAAGCGUGCCUACCAGGAAGGGUACAGAGAAGGUGGCAACGAGGAGGGUAAAGAGCGGAUGAAAGCACAUUACGACGAGCUUGAACGUGAUUACAGGCGCUUGAUGAAUCCAGUACGAACUGCAAAUGCCUUCGGGAUCGAGGAGAUCAUCGAUCCAGCGACUACUCGACCUUUACUUUGCCAAUGGGCUAACCAUGUCUACGAAGAAUUAUUACCAAUCAGGAUAAGGGAUAGGGAUACGGGAAAGAUAUGUCCGAAGUUCUCCUGA